AUGCACUUCACCACUCUCGUUGCCUCUAUCGCUGCUCUCGCGAUGAGCGUCUCGGCUGCUCCCUCUCCUGCUACCCCAGCAAACACCCGCUAUGUUCAACUUCGUCUCUAUGGUGAACCUGGAUGCUCGGCGCAGAAUCUGGGAGAACUCGGUGUCUACGGCAAUUACGUUAACAGCUGCCAAAGCUUUGGUGAUAAUGAUGUUAAGUCUGUGAGCUUUGAGAUGGCUAUCAAAAACUGCACUGUGCGUGUUUACACCGGUGAUUCUUGCGAUGUUGGCGGACAGGAUGUUGCUUUGAAUACCUGUCAUGGUGGAGAUGACGAGAUCCACAGCUAUGAAGUUUUUUGCAGUGAGCUUUAA